AGGUAAGCCGUCGAGAUGGUGCACGGGGCCGGCUGCAGCGGCUAGAUGAUCGGCGGUCGGCGCGAGAGCCAGUGCUGUGGUGGCGCGAGACCGAUUGAGAUGACGGCGUCCUCCGCAGUGAUGGUAGUGGGCGCCAGGGUGGUGCUGGUGGCGGCGGCGUUCGGGGUCCUGGGGGCGCUGGGCAAGCUCCGGCUGAGGUACGGCCAGUAUGAGGGCCUCUUCGUUGCCAGGUGCGAGGCCCGUUGCUGGCAGGCCCCCGGGAGGAGCGCGUGUGUUAAAAGCUGUUUAUCCAAAGGAGGAGAUAAACCUGGAUAUUGCCCAACCAAAAACACCACUCUAUCUCCAUUCGCUGCAGUGUGCAUGGAGACUUGCAACGUUGACACCCAGUGCUCUGGUAUCACUAAGUGCUGUCGCCAUAGCUGUGGGGUGACGUGUCAACCUCCCCAGGAACUAAAUUCAGCAGUAGGUCUUUCAGAGAUUCCCAAAGACGUAAAAGUGACCGAAGGACGUCGGAAACGAACCAUCGUCGUAGAAUGGACUCCCGGCGAGACAUCCUACCUCGACGAAGGGGGAGGAACGAUACUUUACCUCAUCGAAGAACGUCAUUACGCAGGACGACAUUUCAUCGAAAGUAGAUUGUCAGAAUGGACGGCAUGUGCAAGGACAGUCAAGAAGAGUCAGGUUCUGAGACACUUCGUGAAGCCUGGAAGGUGGUACCAAUUCAGAGUGGCAGCAGUUAAUGAAAAUGGUACCAAAGGGUACUCGGAGAACUCGUUGCCUUUCAGUGUGUCAAUCACUCCCAAGCCCCCGAAAGCUCCCCAAAACAUGACAGUUGGGCCCCUAGUUAUAAUAAACGGCAGUAUUAGUACUGAACUGAGAUGGUCCCCACCUCCUUCGGAUUUGCCCUUGCAGAGAUACAAAGUGUUCUGGAGCAGGAGGCUGCACGGCGCCAAGGCGUUGGAUUCGGUUCUGGUCCACCAACAGGUUGUCCCAAGGGACCAAACUCAUUUCCUGCUACAAAACCUGCAGCCGAAUUCGUUGUAUUUUCUACAAGUUCAAGCUUUGGUGCAAUUCGGAAAGGAUAGACUGAAAGGAGAAAAAUCUGGACUUGUCUUAAACACUACAAAUUACACUAACGUGAGCGGUAGUUCUUUAAUGCUAGACAAUAUCAGUGAUAGCAGGAUAGACGGCCUUCAACUCCAGAAAUUGUUCUGGUCUCAAAACGACCUAAGGGCAAGGAUUAUAUGGAAAUCUAAGAGGGAGUCCUUGAGGUACACCGUCACUUGGUGGAGUGGACCCUGCCAAGAAACGGCUAACGGUUACAAUCAUUUCAGAUUGGCUGCUACAACCAGAGCAACCCAUUUUGAUCUGUAUGAUCUUCAGUUCAACUGCAGAUACAGAGUGAGCGUUCGGGAGGUUUCCUCACAAGGGAUGAAAUCUAUUCAGGAUACAUCGAUCACCUUUACUACACCUAAAUGUAGUGCCUUCAGAACCAGCCAUAAGAAAAUUAAAUGCCAUUAAUGUUGAUACAUAUUUUGUGAAUGUGAUAAACCAUUAAUUUAUAUAUUUUUAUACAUUGAAGGAAAUAAAUUAUACUUAUUUAAA